AGUUUCGUUUAUUUGACCGUUCUGCCUGCUGGCAGUGACUUGUAAGAUGUCAGGGUCCAGUUCAUCUUACACCGAUGUACCUUUCCCCAUGUGCCUUCUCCCUGUGCCAGCAAUGCAGGCUGUUUCGUGUCCGGCAGCCUCCCGCAUUCUCUUCACCUCCCCACGCCUCUCCCCUCCCCCUCCGCCCGAGUCUCCUGCUCUUGGGGAACAAUCACCACUGAUUGAGGUUCACUCGACGUUAGACUGGAAAACUGGGCUGUUAUUUAGGAAGUCAUCAAUCACAUCUCCUCCCCCGGAAAGAGAUGGCAGAGAAACCUGUGAAGUACAAUUUCUUACUAUACCUCUCAAAAAUAUUCUGAAACGAGCAGCAUUAUUGGUUAGGAAAUUUGUAGCGAUUUUUUUCCCAGUAGGAUUUUAUUUUAAAUUUGAAAGAAUUUCAGAUUGGAAUUAGGAGUGCUUUUGCCUUUUGGUAGGUUUAUGUUACCAAUAUCUGAAGUUAAUGGUUAAUUAAAUUUAAAUUUGGGCUUAGGAAUUACAUAUUUCCUUCCACGAAUUAAAUAUUAAAUUAACGUCCCUAAGGUGGUUUGGUGCUAUGGAAUAGCAGAUUGCCUGUGGGGUGUGUGUGUGGGGGGAAUCAUAACGUCAGUUGCUUUAUUUAAAUGGCUCCCCCUAUGAGAUUAGAGAGGCUUGUGUGUGGAGCACACGUGUGCACAAAUACGGACUGUCGCUUUUCCAAACCAGCAAUUCACAAGGACCCUUCGUUGUGUUUAAACAGUACAAAAUUAGCAUUCUGGUUAAUCAUAAAGAAGCGUCCCAAAUCGUCUUUAAGAUAACAUGCUUGAGUUUUCCGUGUUCAUUCAUAAAUUAUUUUGAUGUCAGCACAGAUGAAAUGGCGAUUGGUUAUCUCUUCCUCUUGCCAGCCCCUUAAGGAUCCGAGGUGAAAUUAGUAGCAAGAAAGCAUGUAAUUGACAAAGUCACGUGUGCUCAGGGGGCCAGAAACUGGAGAGAGAAGAGAAAAAAAAUCAAAAGAAGGAAAGCACAUUAGACCAUGCGAACUAAAUUUGUGAUCGCACAAAAUCAAGAUGUUAGACGGAUGCUGAAGAUCACUCCGGUCCAAAGGGAAAGUUUUCAUCUCUCGAGUUUGAAGCUGAGGGCCGGUGGGGCAACAUGGCCGAAGGCGGGGCAAGCAAAGGUGAAGAGCCAGAAAAGCUGCCUGAGCUGGCCGAGGAGGAAUCCCAGGUUCUGCACGGAACUGGCCACUGUAAGUGGUUCAAUGUGCGCAUGGGAUUCGGAUUCAUCUCCAUGAUAAACCGAGAGGGAAACCCCUUGGAUAUCCCAGUGGAUGUAUUUGUACACCAAAGCAAACUAUUCAUGGAAGGAUUUAGAAGCUUAAAAGAAGGAGAGCCAGUGGAAUUUACAUUUAAAAAAUCCCCCAAAGGCCUUGAGUCAAUACGGGUAACAGGACCAGGUGGGAGCCCCUGCUUAGGAAGCGAAAGAAGACCCAAAGGGAAGGCCCUGCAGAAGAGAAAACCAAAAGGAGACAGGUGGAGACGACAGGAUUUACUGAUGGAUCAGAUGUGGACUGUGAGAGAAGAAGAGUCCAGGAUGAUUCCAAGAUGCUACAACUGUGGUGGCCUUGACCAUCAUGCUAAAGAAUGUAGUCUACCUCCGCAGCCAAAGAAGUGCCAUUACUGUCAGAGCAUCAUGCACAUGGUGGCCAACUGCCCACACAGAAUCCUCGCCCAGCUGCCCCCCAGUUCUCAGGGGAGACAGGAGGCGGAGUGCCAGCCAUGCACCUCUGCUUCACCGAGGGAAGGGGGCGGGGCGCGUGGCUGCACUUCACCCUCUCCUCAGGAGGCGAGGUCAGAGACGGCAGAGCCGCCAGACAGGUCACCCCAAGAAGUUUCUUCUGUGAAGGCCUUUGCAGCACCAGAAGAGCAGAACAAAAAGGGGCCUUCGAUUCAAAAACGGAAAAAGACUUAGUGCUUGUCAGCGUCUUCUUCACCCGCUUGGGAAGUCUACCUCACGCAAGCACAGGGAUAGUAUUCCAGAGAGCAGCCGACGUCAUUAACUACUGUUGAGGAACUGUGGAUUCUUUAACCAGACAAAUCACUCCUAAGCAAAUGACAUUGAAGCAGGGUGUCAUGUUUUAUAGAACUGAGAUACUACAUAUAGUAUGUGCGUAAGUGAGAGGGGAAACUUGAGGCUGUGUGUGUGUGUGUGUGUGUGAGGGUUUCACAUAGGAACGUAGGCAUAUACAUAUAUACACAUACAUACAUAUAUGUAUGUGCCUGUCUUUAUACAUGUAUGUAUGGAGAUAUAAGCACAUACUCCCCCUCAGAUAAUUGAGCAUCUCCAAGCAUUGAAAGUCCAUGUGAAGCAUCUGAGGUGGUUUCAGAAUUAACCCUUGGAAUUUUUCCUAAAUACCACUUCUUUUAUAUUACCUAAAAAUAACCUCCGGCCUUUACCUUUCAUGUGAACCAAAGCAUGUUUCAGAUCUCAGACUGCCAGUCAAAUGGUACUAAAGGUUUGGGGAUACUUGGUGCCUCCAGAGUCUGGAUUCAUCAUGUGUCCUGGUGCUGAUGGAGUGUUUUGCUAUUGCUGUUUUCUGCCUUCUCCUGUUUGAAGGUGGUAACCUAACUUUAAUGCCUCUGGCUGCCGUAAGCUUUUCACUGUUAGCUACGUAACAACUCCAGAAGAGACAACGAAUGUGAAGUUUCUGGGCUGAUAUUUCACUGUUUUUUGUUUUGAUUGUAAUUUACAUGCCUAUUAAGAAAAAUGAAGGGGAAGGUAAUGUAUAAAUAUCAUGGUAUGAUCCUUUUCAGCGGUAUUUUGGUACCAGCUCUUUUACAUGUUUCCGAGUUGUUUAAGGGACCAUGGCAACAGAAGCCUCUCUUGACUAAGCAGCUUCUGAACUAUCACUUAGAACGGGAAGGUCUCCUUACUUACUACUGAAGCCUUAGAGGAAACUAAAUAUUUGGGUAUAUUUUGGUGACUGUUUUUAUUCCCCCCAUAGAGUCCUCAGACCUGUUUCUAAAACAAACAAUAGCACCAUAGAAGUGAAUAAAAUAGUGGGGCUUAGAGUGAAAAGUAAGUAGAUGCUCACACUGCCCAGCAGAUACAGCCCAGGACUGAUACUGAAAAGAAUAGUGUCUGGUGGCCGGCAGCUAGCAUGACGAGCCAGGAGCAGUUACCAAAUCCCUCCCCGCCAUGUGGCUGGGAGUGCUUUAUGUGAUAACACUGAUGGCAGUUACCCUGAGCAUAGAGGAUGAAGUAACCUAAGUUAUGGAUUCAGGAUGAGCAUUCAGGGCUACUAGUAAUCUUGUCAGAUGAAGUCUCAGUUUGCUAACAGAUUGGCUAGGGACUGAUCAUAGUAUAGGUCUGUUUUCCAUCAUGUUUAAAAAAAAUGGAGUUAGCCUAGUUCUAAAUGUGAUGAGCAAACUUUUGAAACAUCUCCAAGAAGGUACCAAGGAAUUACAGUGAAUAAUUUUGGCAAUAAAUAUAAUUUUAUAUGGGCCUGUUGGUAUAAGCUCAGAUAAUCAAACAAGAAAGCAUCAUGACUCAAAUGAGAUGCAUUCUACUGAGGAAUUUCUUCCUCCUGUAUGCCAGUCCUUUCCAGGUUAGCUUGACUCUUUUGACAGUAUUUAUGAGAAUUUCCAUAGUGUUUUAUUGACGUAUCAUUGUGCUGUAAUGCAGAGCUUACUGUUGACGAUAUUGAAUGUGAUGUAGCCAUAGAGAAGUACUGCCUUGCCUUACGUGAGGAUUUCAAUUAUGUAGACAAAUCAAAGUGUCACCCAAGUAUAAUGAACAAAGUAACACUUGUACAAGCAAAAUAGGAUAGGUCACUUUGAAAGUUCAAACCAAAGUUCCUUGACUAUAAAAAUAGGAAACUAUGGACUUGAAAAUUGGACAUUCUGUUUACAUAUAAAAAUCAGAGCUGAGAUCAUUUUUAAAAAUGAAAGUAGAAAAUUCUGAAACACUUGAACUAUGGACCUUAUGGGUGCAGUUGACAUUUUUCAGCAUCUGACCAGAUGGAAUUACUAAGAGCACAUACCAAACCUAUCUUAUGAUUAAAAGUUGGGGUUUAUUUUUUAUAUGAAAAUAUUGUCAUUAUUACAUGCUCAGGACAAAGAAUUUUGCUCAGGGAACAUACAAUAUAAUGUUUUUAUUGUUUCUUUACAGACUAGUCUAUAGUCCUGCUUACUCAAAACAAGCCAAAUAAAUUAGGUCUUUAUGUAUGUACAUGUACUUGUUGGUAACUACCUCUGAGUCUGACAUUGAUCAUAAUUCUGAGUAUCCGAUGUUGGUCCUCCUGUUUUUAUGUCACGUGAAGAGCCUUGUAAAGCAAAACUCCUACUCCUUGUAGAUGUGAAUCCACUGAUGUGAGCACUUUGCUCAUCCACUUGAGUGAAACAUUCUGUUUACAGCACAUG